AUGUCCGUGACACGCCUGGGCGGAACGCUGGCGACAUUUGCGUCAGGCGGGCUGGCAUUGUCUCUGUGUGUCUCUGCUCGUCCCACGCGGCGGCAUCCAGGACAGCGGCGGGCAGGGCGGAGCGAAAGUGAAAGCAAGCCGCGCGGCGGGGCGUGGGCGGCGGCGGCGGCGCUUCCCGCGCGCCUCCGCCCGUUUCGACACCGCAAGAAACUCACGCACCACACGACUCGGCACGUGAUGAGGCUCGCGACAGCAUGGCGGCUGGCGGCGCUGCUGCUGGCCACGACAGCGGCGGCCACAGCGGCGGCGGCGGACUCUGAGGACUGGUCGUGGGGCGGCGGCCGCGACGCCAGGACGCAGCAGCUGGCGCCCUCCGCCCCGACGGCGCCCGCCUCCGCCCCCGGCGCUGGCGUCCCGCCCUCGGCCGCUGACGCAGGCGUGCUGCAGCAGGUGGUGGACUCGAUCCUGCAGUCUGGCCGACAGGGCCGCAACCUGGACGGCUACGACGACGUGUACAGCGACCCCAACGUGCAGCACGCGCUCACCGCCGGCAACGACACGCAGGCGCGCCACUACAUCCGCGAGCGCCUCUGCAACCUGGGACUCAUGGCGUGCGACGACGUGGUGCCGAAGCGGCCGUACGUGGAGCCGCACGAGCUGAUCUACGCGCAGCCCGUGGCCAUCAAGCCGGUGGGGCAGCCGAUCCCGGCGGUGCCGGUGCGUGGGCCCCCCAAGAGGCUGCCGCCCCCGCACCACAUCCCCCACAUCCCCCACGUCCCCCACAGACCCCCGCGCCCCUACCCGCCCGUGCCCGGACCCAUCUACGGAGCGCCUAAGCCGCUGCCGCCGCCCGUCUACGAGCACGGCUUCGACGGCCCGGUGGCAUCGCUGCCGCCCCUGAGGCCGCCCACCAAGGGCCCCAUCGACGUGGUCGUGAACUCGCACAGCGGCGUGCAGCAGCACGUGCAUCACCACUACCACCACGGCGAGGCAGGAGCCGCGAUCGUGAAGCCAGUGCCGCUGCUCGACCACCAGCCGGCCACGGGGCCCGCCUCCUUCUACGAGCCGGGCCACACGUACGGAACGAGCGCGCCGGGCGGUGGCUUCACCGGGAGCUUCGCCGGCGGCAGCGGGGGAAGCUUCAGCGGUAACGGCCUGGGUUCGUCGUACGCGGGCAGCGGCGGCGGCAGCAGCGCCGCCUACGAGACGCCUCGCGCCGAUGGCGGCUACUAUACGCAGGACUGCGUGUGCGUGCCGCUGGAGCAGUGCCACGAUUUCGGCCGCAAGGAAGACGGCCUGCUGAUCGACCCGCGCAACCUGCCCUCCACGAUCGAGGCCAUCGACGACGGCGCCGUCUACGUCACCGACGCCAACGGCACUGUGGUGUCCGUGACGCGGCACGCCAAGAGGGACGGAGAGGCCUCCAACGCGACUGCCGCAGACGACCAGGAGGCGGCAACGAGUAGCAGGCGGCGCCGGGACGCCGAAGAGAACAGCAACGUCCAGCCGCGUGAGGUGACGGAAGACCCGGAUGUGGCCAGCACAUCUGAGUCCGAUGCCAGUGGCGGUUCUGUAGACGCACGCCUGCUAGGCGAAGACAGCAACGUCAAGCUGAAACCCACGUUCGGAGUGUCGUUCGGUCUGCCUCAGGGAGGAGGAGGAGGUUAUCCCUUGAACCCGUUCGGUCCCAACCCUGCCAUCAACCCUUACGGCGGCUCCGUCGGUGGUCCCGGAGGCAUCAACCUCGGGCUCGUCAGUGUGAACCCGCUAGUGUCCGUGCAGGUGACCAAAGACGAGUACGGAGAGAAGGUGGUGAAGCCUCUCGUCAACCUGCACGUCACCCCCAACCCGGGCCUCGUCCACAAGCUGGGCAGCCUCCUGCACGGCGGCUUCCACAAGCCCGGCUACGGCCUCUUCCACAAGCCGGGAUUCCCCUCCUACGUUAAGCACGAUCACGAUCACCACCAUCAUCACGUCCACGUUUCCAAGCCCGCACCAAUCUAUCACAAACCACAUUACUACUACCCGCCCAAGCCCUACUACCCGUACAAACCAGCGCAUUACUCGAAUGGCUACUAUCAGUCUGGGCCCAGCUAUUACGGCCAAAAUUACUACGACGCCUACCGCACGAACGACGACGAUGUGGAGGAAGGCAGUGACGAAAGCGCCCCUUACUACUCUGAGAGUGACGGCUACGCCCCGUCUGGAGGCUACAUUGACGACGACGAGGACGCCUACUACGGGCGCAGCAGCCGCUCCAACAUCUCCGCAGGGCAGACCCGGGGCAGCGGCGUGGCCUUUCCCAGUGACAGACGCAGCUUCACCGAAGCCGACGACUACGACGACAAACAGGCGUUUGGCGGCCGGUGCGGCCCGCGGCUGGUGUGCUGCCGCCGGCCGUCGCAGCCCGCCUACCGCCCCUCGCAGGCCGGCCAGUGCGGACGCAGGAACGCGCACGGCAUCAACGGACGCAUCAAGACACCCGUCUACGUAGACGGCGAGAGCGAGUUCGGCGAGUACCCAUGGCAGGUGGCCAUCUUGAAGAAGGAUUCCCAGGAGAGCGUCUACGUGUGCGGUGGCACCGUCAUCGAUGAGCUGCACAUCCUCACUGCCGCCCACUGCGUCAAGUCGUACUCGCCGUACGACCUGCGCGUGCGCGCGGGCGAGUGGGACGUGAACCACGACGUGGAGUUCUACCCGCACGUGGAGCGCGACGUGGCGCAGGUGCAGGUGCACCCCGAGUUCUACGCGGGCACGCUCUACAACGACCUGGCCGUGCUGCGCCUCGCCUCGCCGCUCGACCUGGCGCGCUCGCCGCACAUCUCCCCCGCCUGCCUGCCGCCGCCGGCCGCCGACUUCUCGGGCCAGCGCUGCUGGGCCACCGGCUGGGGCAAGGACGCCUUCGGCGACUACGGAAAAUACCAGAACAUACUCAAGGAGGUGGAGGUGCCCAUCCUGCCGUUCCACCAGUGUCAGUCGCUGCUCCAGCAGACCAGGCUCGGCUUCGACUUCCGCCUUCAUAACGGAUUCCUCUGUGCCGGAGGAGAAGAGGGCAAAGACGCCUGCAAGGGCGACGGCGGCGGGCCGCUGGUGUGCGAGCGCGGCGGCGUGUGGCACGUGGCCGGCGUCGUCAGCUGGGGCGUCGGCUGCGGGCAGCGCGGAGUCCCCGGCGUCUACGUGAACGUGGCGCGCUACAACGACUGGAUACGGCGCGCCACCGGGAAGUACUGAGGCCACUGCCCGCCCACCCACUCACACACCGUGUAAUCGUCUGCUCACACAUCGUUAAUUUAUUUGUUGCUUCAACACCAACUAUUGUUUCUGGAUUCAAGGCCGUGCCAUUGGCUACAAAUAGACAGUCUCAAUGCCCCGGUCUGGAAUUCGGGAGCACCAAGUACUGCAUGUUACAUGCACUCUCUAUUGUUUGUCAGUAAUUUUAAGGACUAGU